UUUUUUUUUUUACCGUACGACAUUUUAUCGACGGUCUAUAAAUCUUAAGCAAAGUUCAGAAGAAAUUUCAUAUAGCUAGACGGCGUUCCUUCGUCGUCAGCUGUAAUAAUCUAACGUAGAGGGGGAAACAGGCGAUGUUGACAUGCGAUAAAAUCAAUCUAAUUAAUAGUUAAUAAUUAUUUUAUCACAUCUGAUUACCGAAUUAUAUCGAAUGAAUCGAUUCUCAUUUUCAUUGUUUAUUUCUAGUUAAUGGAUUAUGGCUGACACAGAGAAAAAAUACAAAAAUAUUUUGUUAAACGGUUGCUUCGAACAGAACUUGUCCGACCUAUUGCGUUCAACAUGGCGGUAUAUUAGUUGAGAUUUACAAGAUCGGUAAGGUCGUCGUCUAUUAAAUGCAGAAAAUUUUAAUUAUUAUGAAAAGAAACGCGCGUACGAGGAAGCUGGAAGUCGAUUAGGCAACGAGCGACUAUACUCGAGCUCGAUUGAUUUAGCAGUUAUUUCUUCCAAUUAUCUAUAUUUUCUUCAAAUAAAAUGGGACUAGAUGCACGUUUUUAAUCAUCGGUGAACGAUUUUCAAAACAUUUUCUACGAUAAGAUAUAAUUCGACAGAUCGACGACGUUCAAGAAAGAUUUAUAAAAAUCAUCUAUUACACAAGUGUUUCAUUUUGACUUUGAAGAAAGUUACUAUUUGUGUGAACAGUGAAAAUACGAACAUUUUGACAUAGCAUGUCAUAUGUUUAAACGAGCAUAUAAGAUAUUAAAGUUUUUCUAACUUUUUCAAUGCUCUGAAAUAAGGAAGAAUUUGAAAAGAGAGAAAAAAAAAAGACGAUUUCAUUGGGGUAUAUUCUUUGUUCAUAACGCAUAGAACUGUAUCAUAAAUAAGUAAAGGGAAAAAAAGCAAAGGAAUAAUCCUGUGACGAAAAAAAAAAAAAAAUCAGCAAACAAAUGUUUGCAACUAAUAUAAGAGAAAUAAAUAAUUGUAAAAGGCGAAUAUAUUGUCAUUAGAUGUGACAGAUAUAAGUUCCACGAGACUGCUCUUAUAGUUAAUAAUACUUAAAUACAUAAAGUGUGAUAUAAUCAAUCCUUGUGUUCUUAGAAAUAAGGAAACAUAAUUUUCGUGUUUUUAAACAUUCUAGAAAGAAUAAAAAAAGUUUGAGAAUAGUAAUUCUCUUUACAGAUCAUAUAGGUAUUAUUAAAUAAUUUAUAAAUAAUGGCUGAAACGCAAAGAAUGACUGUUUAUGGAAGGCAUCCACCGUGUGCAAGUGGAACUAGAUUGGAAGAACGUCGUGCUAGACGAUUAGCUUUACGACUAGAAAGAAACAGGAAACCGGAUAAACCUGAAGAUUUUGUAUGUUAUGAAUCGAGCGAUGAUGAAAGUGAAACCAUCACAGAAGGUAGACAGUUUCUAAGAACGUCUUUUAAUUUUGUGGACUAUGUACGUGCACGAGAAACCAAUACUAAGGAAGUACGAAAAAUUAAUCAGGAGUAUGGCUCGAGACAUAUACUAACACAUGACCUAUUCAAAGAAUACUCAGUUAGCUUAAAUAACAUGAAUAAAGUAUUUUGUUCGCAAUGGUUGAGCGAUAGACAAGUCGUCUUUGGUACAAAAUGUAAUAAACUGAUGGUUUAUGAUGUAGCAACACAGAAAUUAGAUCAAAUACCUUCUCUUCAUGGAAGGCAGUUAAAUCCAGGUGGAGGUCCUCUUCCUGAACAGCAAUGUGGUAUACACUCUGUUCAAAUUAAUCCUUCUAGGACUCUUCUGUCUACUGGAGCCAGAAACAGCAAUGAAAUAGCAAUAUAUAGAUUGCCAACUUUGGAUCCUGUUUGCGUCGGGGAAUCUGGUCACAGAGAUUGGGUUUUUGAUAUGUGUUGGCUAGAUGAUGAAUUUUUAGUGUCUGGCUCUAGAGAUACAAAAAUGGCUUUAUGGCGGAUUGAUAGCGAUCUGGCUGAAGCACCUGAUAAAGCAGAUGUGCCUACACACAGAUUAAUUCAACCUUUAUGCGUGAAGGAAUGUAGAUCAGCUCAGAAGGUUCGAGCACUUGCUUUUAAUAAAGCAUAUAACGAGAUAGCUGCCCUAUCUUUAAAUAGUUUCAUACAUAUCUGGUCUGCUGAUACUUUUAAACAAAAAAUAUCACGGAAGUUACCAGCUUGUCAAGAAAAUGUUUGCUUAGCUGUACAAGAUGAUGGUGUUUACGCGGUUGGUUGUCGUUCUUAUACUUUAUUAUUAGAUGCAAGAACUUUACAGCCAAUUAAAAAGAUACCCUCAAGAUAUAGUGGCUGUGGUAUUCGAUCGGCUAGUUUUCAAGGGUCAGUUUUAACAAUUGGGACAGGACUUGGAAUGCUUAUGUUCUAUGAUGUCAGAGCUCAGAAAUACCUUGAAUCAUCUAUCAAUUCUAAUAGGACUGUCGUAUUGAAGGCCUCAAAAGGAUAUGUAUUUCCAGAUGAGGAAUAUAUAGAUGGCUUUCAAAAUGUUAAAUAUACACCAGCUAUCUAUACCCAUUGUUAUGAUGCAUCAGGUACACGAUUAUUUACUGCUGGUGGACCACUUCCCGCAAAUUUGUAUGGAAAUUAUGCAGGAUUGUGGCAAUGAAAAUAUAUGAGGAUUUAAUGAAAUAAACUAGAUUAUCAUUCGACUUUAUUAAUAUAAAAAUAAAUAUGACAAAUUUCAUAUUUAUAACAUGGUGGGUGCAUUACGAUAUCAAGAUAUUGAAAUAAAAUGGGAAGAUAAGUGAGAGAAAUGAAAAGGAGAUGACUGAUUCUUUAAGCUUUCUUCUGCCAUAUAUAUUAUGCGUAAUUGGAUAAAUAUCUUCAUACUCGCUUAUCUACUCAUACAUUUUAUCAAGUAAACAAGAUUUUAUUAAUAUAGUUAGGAAUAUAUCUGAACGCAAUGUCCUUAUAGACCUUUAUUAAUGUUGUUUGUACUGCAAUUGGCUGAGAUAUUAUACUGUAAGCACUUAUUAUACUGCACUAGCUCUUUAUUAAACUAAAGUAAAAUUAUAACCUAUCGAUUUUUCAUCGUGCAGCUAGAUAACAAGUAAUUUAGGCCUGGAUUGGUCAUAUUUGCUCCUAUUGUAUGACUAUCGAUGAGUAAUAUGAAGUUGAUCAUACACGAUACGAAGAAACAUCCAAACAUUCGCACAUCUUUUUGCACAAUAAUAAAUGCCGAAUGUUCCUACGCAUCGAUCAUGAUAUAGUCAACUUCAAACUCAUUAUACUAGCUCAAAGUAAUGUCUUGAGGGCAGGGGGGGGGGACGGGGUCGAUAGAUUUUGAUUCUAUGACUAAUACAAGUUUAGAUUAAUAAAGCAUGUGUUUUGUAUUGUAUAUAAAGAAACAAAAUUAAAAUCAUGAUUAUAAGUUAAAUAUUUAUUAAUUUUUGUCAUAUAUCAAUAUUAUUAUAUGUUCAUUGAGAUACAAAUGGAAACUUAUAUCUAUAGUAUUUGUCAACGAAUAACAAUGACAAUGAAUACAUGUAUAAAAUUUUAAGUACAAUUUAUUCGGCUAAAACCUCAAUGUUGGCCUUAAAGUAAUACAUACAAUGAAGUUUUGUUACAAAAAUGGA